CCGACCACACAAGCCAGUCGUUUUUGAACUCCAGUUGCAGUCGCAUGCCAUGGUGAAUAAAUAGAUUUACGAAGAAAAAAGGGGUUCUGCUUUGGGGGAAGGUGCACAGAAGGCUAGCCACAUUGUCAAGAAUAACCAGGCUCAUUCUUUGGCCUGCCUUCGGAUCAGGAGUUCCAGCAUUCAACUAAACAUGGCUCAGCUGGCUCACUACAGGAUCAUUGGGUACGCAGUCACCCUGGUCCUCCAUAUUGGGAACACUAUAGUCAUCAAAACUGCGCUGAAGAGCCGCUCCGAUGACCCUGAGAUCAGGACCUUGGCGUUUUUGGAAGACUGCUUUUACACCAUUUGGAACGUUGUGUUUCAAGUCAUGUACGCAGCUUUUGGUAUUUACUGUGACCUGAAGAGUUUGAAGGAUGAUGCUGACCAUGGAAAACUGACAAAAUAUAUGAAAUAUAGACAAUACGUGUUUGGAGCUCUUUUAUGCCCUUCAUCAAUGUUCAUUGUCAACAUAUUCUGGCCAAUAUUCCUCUACGAUCGGAACCUGAUCUACCCCGAGUACAUAGACCGAGCCUUCCCUGACGAAAGCAACUACAUCAUGCAUAUAGCCAUACUGCCUGUAGUACUUUGGGAGUUAAUCUUUUUACCAAGGAAGAUUCCUAUCUCACAUAGGAAGUAUAUAGUGUUCUUCAGCAUGGUAUAUGUAGCUUAUUUGUUGAGGAUAUUCCACGUGAACGCAAACCAUGGACUAUGGCCUUAUCCAAUUCUGGAGAAGAUUCAAGGUACAAUAUUCUUCCCCAUUUUAUUCAUUUUGGCAUACUUAAUGUUAUACGGACAUUACUACCUACAGUGGAAAAUCACCAGGUUCAUAUGGGGAUAUGUAGAUAUUAUGAAGUCUUCAUAGAAUAGUUUUAUAGUUAUAAUAAACUAUUAA